AAAUACUCAAAAAAUAUGUACGUAAUCGACGACUUUGGAGAGGAAUUCAAACUCAACAGUGAGAAAUUCAAAUCUUUCCAGAAACGCGUCUUCCACAUAGCAACUUCUCCCGAUCUUCAUCCCGACACAACCCCACCUCUCAUCAUCAAAUCUACUCAGCAGGAGGACGAUGUCGGGUCCGAUGUUCCAAGACAGGAGUCCAAACGCCAAAUUCGGUUUGCAGCUUUCGUCGGCGAUGCGAUGAGAGAACUUUCGUUGCACGAAUUUGCAACACAAUUGGAACCUGUGCUGCGCACUGUGGUGAGGGAGGAAGUGGAGCGCGCAAUUGUAUCCGCGUUUCACCCGUCUUCAAGGACAUCAUUAAACCAAUCUGAAUCAUCUAAAGCAAGGGUUUGGCAAUUGCAUUUUGUCAAUAAGUUUAGGUCUACCCUUUUCACAGGCUGCAAGAUAGAAUCUGAGGAUCAUAAUCCCGUUAAGAUAGUUAUCCGUGAUUCUGUUUCCGGGGAGGUUAUAUCAUCCGGCCCUCUUUCUUCACUUAGAAUUGAAAUUGUAGUGCUUAACGGUGAUUUUGGGGCUGAUUAUCAAGAGGAUUGGACUGAGCAGGAGUUCAAUGCGAAUCUUGUGCGUGAAAGAGAGGGCAAAAGGCCAUUGGUGACUGGGGAGUUGGUUAUUACAUUGAGAGACGGGGUUGGUUAUGUUGGUGAUGUCAGCUUUACUGAUAAUUCGAGCUGGAUAAGAAGUCGAAAGUUUAGGUUAGGAGCAAGACCUGUUCAAAGCAAGUCCCCUGAAGUAAGAAUUAGAGAGGCAAGAAGUGAAGCCUUCGUAGUGAAAGAUCAUCGCGGAGAGGCAUAUAAGAAGCAUCAUCCUCCAAACUUGAAUGAUGAAGUAUGGCGGUUAGAGAAGAUAUCAAAAGGUGGAACAUACCAUAAAGCAUUACGUGGCAAAGGAAUUACCACAGUCGAGCAAUUCCUUCAGUCAUAUUCUGCUGACCCUUCUUCACUACGCCUCGUACUUGGUGGGAUGUCAAAUAAGAUAUGGGAGACGGUCACAAAACAUGCUACUGCUUGUGUUUUAGACGAUAAGUUGUACAUAUACUAUAAGGAUGGAGAAAGGAUUGGGGUUGUGUUCAAUUCCAUCUUCAGAGUUGUAGGAGCAACCUUUGAUGGCCAGAGUUACCAGUCUCUGGAUUUGCUCAAUGAAUUUCAGAUGCAGGGUUUGGUAGAAAAUUUGAAGAGGCAUGCUUACAAAAAUUUGCAUGCGUUGGUUCUGCUUGAUGCUCCACCAGCGAUUGGACCUGCAAUGCUACCAUCAAGCCUACUAGCUGAACACUAUAGCAGUUCAAGUUCACAGCUGCAGGAUGUUAACUUCCCAGUGGUGCAGCAAGAUCAGAUGGAGAUGCAACUGCCUUCCAGUCAUAUGGCUACGGCAAUUUCGCCGUCAUAUAGUUACAAUGUCCAGUAUGACAGUCAACCAGAAGAUUCCGUGACACAACUUUCUUACCCCAUGCAACUUUCGUCUCCAACAUUACAAAACAGUUUUAAGGCAACGGAUUCUUAUGGCGGAUCGUAUGACGUAGGAAACGGUUGGGCUCCAGUCAUGCAGAUUACUCAUCUAACUGCUGAUGACAAUUCUCAGGUAGGAACAUCAACUUGGCAAGGGAAUGGAUUUUUAUUUUCUCCGGUUGACAAUACUGUAGAAAUUGCUGCUUCUAAUGUUGGCAUCCGUAUUUCGAUGGAUGGGAAACCUAAGUCAAGGUGGUGUACAAUUCGUGCUGCUGUAAAGUGGGUAAUUUCUGUUAGGCGGGAUGCGGCUGCUAAAAGAAUGGAAAGGCUUUUUUCACCAGAAUUUGUUGAUUAUUAUAGUUUUUGAGCAAUUUUUCUCAAAAAGUUGCUUGUACACGUCUUAUUGAAAUUAGUGAUCUCAUGAUUAUAUAAUGUAAAUUAGGCUGGAUGUGGCUGAAGACAAUAACGCCAGCCCAUUUCUUUCUUAGGAGUUAACCUUUUCCUAUGUGUUCGGUCAGGUUAGAGGCUAAAAUGCCCUUGCUACUGUGUCUGUACUGAAAGUGCAAAUUCAGUGCCUGUACAAAUCUCUGUGGUCCACGAGAUCCACAGUCAAAUUGUAAAUUCUAUGUGAAAUUCUGAUAGCAACAAAGAUUGUGAAUUAAGUCAA